ACUUCACUUCAUUUCACUAUCACAAAAUUCACAAAAACUAAUCAAAAAACCAAAGCACAGCCAUGGAUGAAUUCAGUGGGAAUCAUAUUCCAGCUUUUGGCAGCUGGGAUUGUAACAACAACCAUCUUCCAUUCACUCAAUGUUUUGAAUCAGCAAGGCAAGCUGGUUUCAUUGGUUAUGGCUACGGAGGCUACCCACAAGACCGUGAUCUUUACGUCGCCGGUGACCUUUACGAGAACAAUGUCGUUACUCCGGCCAUGAUCGUUGUUCCUCGCCGCCGCCGGAGGAAAGCUCCGGUGAGGGUAUGUGAUUAUGAUUAUGAUAUUGUAUACUCUGGGAAGCAAGCUCCGGCGCCGGUGAAACAAAGAAAAGGUGCUGACUUUGACUUUGACUUCAAAGUAAAACCAAAGGCUGUUGAUGAAGACUUGUACAAGAUUUCGCCGGAGCUCCUCCGUGGAACGCCGAGAAGGAAGAGCAAGAGGUGGGGGUUGUUUUCAAUGUGCAUGCUGCCAACUUGUGUCAUGUGAAAUGUUUGAGGAAAAAAAAAAAGCUUAGAUAAAUAGUAGAGCCUGACUAGAGUUGUUAUAAUAUAUUAAUAUUAAUAUAUAAUAUGUAUGAAAGGAGAUUAUGAUGAAAUGGCCCAUGGGAAUGAAGAUGAAGCUAUUUUGAUAAUGAAGAUGAGAA